GCUCGCCGCCGGCCGCGCGCGGCUGGAGGCGCGCAACAGGAUCCAGCACGAGUUCUGGGACGCCCGCCUCCACCAGGCGGAGCUGAGCAGAAGCAGGUGGGAGGCGGCCUGCAGGGAGCUGCUCCCUUCCGAUGAUCCCAAGCUCGCCGGUCAGGAAACAUUGUGCCCCUAAAUUUGGCAUACCUUUUUUUUGUGAGUGAAUUCCAUUUUUUACCUUGUAGUUGUACAUUUGUGACACAUAUUACCCUAUUUAGUGGAACUUUUAUCGAAAUGUCAGAUUUUGGAGACUUUUAACACGGUUUUAUCCCAGUUUUACAUUUUGUUUGUUUAUGGUCGAUAGGAUCGGCAUGUUGCGUCAUUGAUUCGUAAAAAAAACUGUAAGGAUCGGAGGGCAUCAUUGCGAUCUUGUGCAAACUUCUCUUGUCUAUCUGUUCCACUCCUUGUGGCCGUCCACAUGUUUUUGGAUACAGGGCGUCACCUCACACCUUACCUGAUGGACACGCAUCAAAAAACGAGGGUCCAAAGAUUUUAAAAGGGGUAUUCUAGACGAAUUUUCACUCGAAGGGGUAAUAAGUGUCACAAAUGUAUAAAUAUGGGGUAAAAAGUGGAAUUCACUCUUUUUUUGUUGAUUUAUGAGAGUUUUCAUGAUGUGCCUGCUAAAUGUCAGUUUUGUUGGUCAUUCCGCUUCGCCGCAGCCAGAUGGACAAGACCUUAGGGUUAUUAAGAUUAACUGAAUAGCAUUUCCAUUUUAUAUCUUUUCGAUGAAGAUAACCUGUACAAUGAGGCACCUAAUGUUGCUACUGAUGCCACUGUUGGUACUUAUUAAUUAUCCCAGAAGCAUUUGGUUCAGCUUGUGAAUGCCACUGAUUUUCUUGAUCAUGGAUUUGCAUCCGUGCUUGUCUUUUUGUAAUGUUUAGGUACAGCUGAAGGAAGUUGGAACUUGUGUACUGCUUAAUGAAAACACUGCGGAUCAUGAGCACAAUUCCGGAGAUUUAAUAUCAGAGCGAAGAAAGUUAAAGCAGGUCUAUGAGUCCAUAUGCUCGAAUAAGGAUAAGGAAGCUACUGAAGCAGUGCAGAAGUUUCAACAGAAGUUAGAGGAGCUGCACGUGGCAGCCUGUAAGAAGGAUGAUGAGAUUGGAAGAUUGCAGGCAGAAGCUCCUGCAUCCACAAAUAAGACACUGGUUCUUGAGGGCAAGCUAAAUGAGAUGCACUCCUUGGAUAAGGCGAAUGACAUCCAGAGCCUCAAAGUUGGGCAACCUGUGACUCAUAAACACAAGCUUGCCUUCUUAUCAACUGUAAGCAUUUCAUUUUGGAGUAUAUUUCUGGCUCAUACUAUACCUUGUUUCCUUUCCGUGGUAUUUCUUAUUGACCUGCCUCCAAAGUUACCAUACAUAGUCAGUAGUGAAUGUUGACCAGGUUGAUAUUAUGAUUAAUGCGCUGCUAAAUAAUUUUCCAUGAUAUCUUUUCUAGAACCGAGUAGAUCUAGAGUUUCACAAGAAUUGUUGUCAAGAUCAACCUUCUAUGAUUUUAACACAUGAAACCUUCGUUCGCUUGUUCAGCACUUAACAUUGCCCCAUAAUUGUUCCUGGCCAGUGAGCCAUCUAAUUUACAGAUUGUCAGCAGUUUGCUGGCCAAAGAUGAACUUAAGGGAUGAUAUUCUAAAUUACAAUACACUUGUUGGUCUCAAUCUCUAGUUCACCCUAUGUAGAGCAGAUGAUCUUGGAUUCAUUGUUCUGUAGCAUUCUUGUAUUUUUAUUUACAAUACGUGGAUUAAUUUGGAUGGGUUGUCAACUCAACCUUAUUCACCCCCCUCCCCUUCCGUGUCUUGUAUAUACUUGUAGUUGUACCUCUUGUCUCCAACAUCAAUUCCAUAGCUGAAAAGCUUUCGGUCCAGUUUGUGCAUGUCGCUAAUUUUCUUAAUCAUUGUGCUGUAUCCAUACUCCUGUAUCUUAAUAAUGCUAGAUACAAUCCAAGGAAGCUGGAAAUAGUGUAGAGAUUAUUCAAGAGAAUGCAGAUCAUGGGGCCAUCGCAGGAGAUUUAAGAGCAGAGCUAAGAAAACUGAAGCAAGCUUAUGAGACCCUUAGCUCAAACAAGGAUAAGGAAAUUUCUGCAGCACUUGCAGUGGAGGAUUUUCUUUUGAACAAACUGCUGAGAAUGGACAAGGACAGCGCAGGGCUCCUCAAGAUAAAGGAAGUGGAGGCAGCACAAGCUAACGAAGCAGCACAAAAGCUUCAACAGAUUGUAGAGGAGCUGCAAGUGGCAGUCCGAUAUAAGGCUGACGAGAUUGGCAGAUUGCGAGCAGAAGCGGGGCCCCUUAAGAUAAAGGAAGUGGAGGCAGCACAAGCUAACAAAGCUGUGCAAAUGCUUCAGCAGAAUGUAGAGGAGGUGCAAGUGGCAGUCAGAAAUAAAGAUGAUGAGAUUGGCAAAUUGGGAGCAGAAGUGGGGCACCUUAAGAUAAAACAAGUGGAGUCAGCACAAAAGCUUCAGCAAAAUGUAGAGGAACUGCAAGUGGCAGUCCGAAAUAAGGAUAUUGAGAUUGGCAGAUUGCAAGCAGAAGCGGGGAUCCUUAACAUAAAAGAAGUGGAGGCAGUAAAAAAGUUUCAGCAGAAUGUAGAUGUGCUGCAAGUAGAAGUAUGAAAUAAGGAUGAUGAAAACUGUAGAUUGCGAGCAGAAGCUGCUAAUGCAUUAAAAAUGGUACUGACUCUUGAGGGUAAGCUACUGGAAAUGCAGUCCUUGGUUAAGGAGAAGGACGAUGAAAUACAAAAACUGAAAAUUUGGCAACCUGAGAGUCUGAAAUGCAAAUGUGCUUCUUCUAUACCAGUUAUGAAGAUCAGUGUCAGGGUACACAACGGCAUGAGCAGGUGCCACUCUCUUGAGGUUGCGGAAUCAGACCUGAUUUACAAUGUGAAGGCUAAGUUGAAGGCGGAGGUCUUGUUUAUAGACGAUGCCAUAAUAGAGUAUGGCAGUAAGACGCUGGCGGACAGCUGUGCCCUGAAGGAUCUGCACAUCCAGGAGGGGGCCCAAUUUGAAGUCCGAUAUCCGAACCUAAUCUUUGUGAAGACACCGACUGGCAGAACAACUCGGUUAUUGAUUGAUGAUCACUUUUCAGACACUACCAUAUACAGUCUAAAGGAGAAGAUAGCCAAUGAAAUCGGAGUUGCCCCAGAUGAGCAGCGCCUCAUCCAUGCUGGGAGGCAGGUGGAGGACGACCGCACCUUUGCUGACUACUACAUACAGCAUGGGUCUAUCCUUCAUGUUUUGGUGAGACCCCGUGAAGCCAAAGCCCAGAUCUUUGUGCGGACGUUAACUGGCAGCAAGACGAUGAAUUUUUGGAUUGAUCAUCACUUUUCAGGCACCACCAUACGUAGUCUAAAGGAGAUGAUAGCCGAUGAAAUCGGAGUUGCUCCAGAUGAGCAGCGCCUCCUCCUUGCUGGGAAGCAGGUGGAGGACCACCGCACCUUUGCUGACUACCGCAUACGACCAGAGUCUAUCCUUCAUGUUGUGUUGAGCUUGAAACCAAAUGUUGACAAUCCCCGAAUAAAAAAGAAAAGGAAACUCAGUCGUGAGGAAUGCGAGCAACUGAUCCGAAGCCGAAGCCACGGUUCAGCUUGUUGAUGUCCGCUUCCCUGCUUAUACAGUUCAGAGUUUCAGAGUUCCGAUGCCCACAAGUAUUGUGUAUGUCACCUGGGAGGCUGGGACGUGUUGUCUGCACGUAACAGGGGACUAAACUUUUGUUGAUUUCGCCGUACUUAUUAAUAGGGGACAUAUGAGUAUGUGGCUCGGACCAACUAGUAGAUUGUUGAUUGCGCGCAUCACGUGAAUGAGAUGGCCUUUAUUUGCAUCAACUAAACCCAAAAUUGCGAAUAUAUAUGGUAAGCUCAGUAUGCAUGCAAAUGCAACCAUAGUUAAACUGUACUAGCAAGUUUGGUUGAUUAUCUUAUUGCUGAAUCCUUGACGAUAAAGGGUUUUCCCCUGCUUUAUAGAUAAAGCAUCAUAUUGCUGAA